AUGUUAUUCAAUUUAUUACCAGCGUCAAGAUACAGUUCAAAAUCUUACAGCGUUCGAUGCAUAUGGACUAGACAUAUAUCCUAUCACCGAGUCGGUAGUGUUCAAUGUAUACAAAUAUCAAAAAAAGUAAAUGGUGUCGUCAAAAGCACCCGAUCGACUUGGCCCGUUCUACAAGCGAUGAAUUGGAAAUCAUAUGCACCGAAAUAUCCAGAAUUGUAUGGAAAAAAGGUAACACGAGCACCAACUUUACAAAAGUUAAAAGUGAUAAGUUGGUUGGGGUUCAUUAAAGGAGCAAAAGGAGUGUUUUACUAUGCUUACUACGAUCUAGUGUAUAUAGACGAUAAGGGGAUCCUUUUGUGUACAGGUGGUGGAGACAAACAGAGUUGUGUUUUUAAAGAAAUGAGUGAAAAAUUACGAUUUUAUAAUCAUCGCAAAUGCAAACCAAAAAGAAGAAAAAACGCCAGUGUAGUUCUUUCUAAUGGAAAGUAUGAACGAAUAUUGGGAAAUGGAAUAAAGAAUGGGGAGAAAGAAACACCAGGGG